AUGGCUGACUGGAAAGAAACAAACACCCAUAUCCGCAUCCUCCGCGAUGCCGAAGCGGGCGGGUACGGCGUGGUCGCGGUAAUCGCAUACAACAUCGAGCAAGUCUACGGAUUCAUCGAAGCCGCCAAAGUCGCGCGAUCUCCUCUCAUCAUCCAAUUCUUCCCAUGGGCUAUUCAGACCUUCGAUGGUAUGCUCGUGCGGGCAGCCGCUGAAGCCGCUAAGAACGCUGGCGUUCCCAUUUCCAUUCAUCUCGACCAUUGCCAGUCGGAAGAACUUCUCCAGAAGGCAGCAGAGCUGCCAUUCGACAGCAUCAUGGUCGACAUGUCACAUUACGAGAAGGAGGAGAAUAUUCGCAAAACAGCCCACUGGGUGCGGCAUUGCAACGAGAGGCAUAUCGCCACGGAAGCUGAGCCGGGCCGCAUCGAAGGUGGAGAGGAUGGAGUCAUGGAUACCGCGGGAUUAAAAGCUUGUAUGACGACGCCAGAGGAGGUCGAUGAGUUUGUUGCGACGGGAGUGGACACUCUAGCUCCCGCGUUUGGCAACGUUCAUGGUGAAUAUGGCCCACAGGGACCUCAGUUGGAUUUUGAAAGACUCGAGAAGAUCCGAUCAUACGCGAACCGCAGAGUGCGUAUCGCGGUACACGGGACGAAUGGGUUUCCGCCUGAGUUGGUAAAACGUUGUAUUGCAGCCGGGGCAAGCAAGGUCAAUGUCAACAGACUGGUGCUUGAUGACUACUACGACCAUCUCUACGCAAGCGCCGGGAAGAUGCCUCAUACAAAGCUGAUUGAGGAGGGGAUAGAAAAGGUCGUUAACUUGACGGUCAAAUGGUUGGAAAUCGUUGGUUCAGCAGGGAAAGCUUGA